AGGGGCUAAUAUAAAAUAACCCCAAAAGACGCCCCCAUUUUCAUCCUCCUCCCUCUGUUCUUCCCGAGCUUCGCACGGAGAGACAGAGAGAGAGAAAUGGCGGUGAGACAGAGAGCAGUGGCAACACUGCCAACUCUCAUGAGAGUCCUAAGAAAAGGGACUCCAAACCCAAACCCAAAUCCAAAGCUACCGAACCAGCAACCUUUGCCCUCACUCAGGCGCGCUUUCUCUCUCUACGAUCAGAUCAAUCUCAUCGACAACGUCCCCGAAGACCAAUUACGCUUCCAAGGGUAUACUGAUGAGGGGUUCACAGUGAAUGGGGUUGCCUACGAAGGUAGUGUGCUUUGCGUGGGGAACUUGAUAACGUCUUGGAGUCCCAAAAAAUUCUCGGAGAUCACUGCAGAUAGCUUAUCUAUGUUCCAAAUUGUGCGGCCCAUACCAGAAAUUUUGAUUCUUGGCUGUGGGAGGAAUAUUCAGCAAGUACAUCCUGAACUUCGGCGCUUCAUUCGGUCUACUGGAAUGAAACUUGAAGUUCUUGACUCGAGAAAUGCUUCAUCAACAUACAACAUACUGAACGAGGAAGGCAGGAUUGUGGCUGCUGCACUUCUCCCAUAUGGAGUUUCUUCUUGAAGCCCAGACUGUAUAUGUAAAUGCUUCUUGGUUGCUCGAAUUUUCUUGAGAAUAGAUCUGCUUGAUCAUUAUCCGUGUUUCACAUCUCUAUAUGGAAUUAAACUGAAAGUACAUUUUAGUUACCUGUUUGGUGAAUACUGACCUAGUUGAAUUCUUUCAGUAUACAACUUUCUGUUGUGUCAGUUUUGGUUUUGCGAUGUAUUGUGACUCUUCACUGACUCGUGUUUGUAGGCGUGUUUAUGCCAAACAUGUUAAGAGAAGACCUGGAAAAACUGUUCCAAACUGUAGGCUAAAAAAGAUGUAUUGCUCAGGAUGGUUGCCCUGAACAUCACAUUUUCUUUGGAAUAAUGAUUAUUUAAGUGCAUAAGAAAAAGCCACUCAAGUACCACUUUCAAUUGACA